AUGAAGCUCUUUACUCCGAUAGUGACAUUCCUCUGGGUGAUAACCUGCGCCUUUGCCGCAACUCCGAGUCCAAGCAAGUUUGAGAAGUACCUGUCACUUUCUCGCUCUGGUCCCCUUGACUUAGAUGAUUCCCUAUAUGAGGACUUGACUUCGAAACCCCGGGACUAUCAUGUUGCAGUUAUCCUCACUGCCACAGAUGCGCGAUAUGGAUGCAUCUUAUGCCGCGACUUUCAGCCAGAAUGGGAGCUCAUCGCUCGUAGUUGGAACAAGGGCUCAAAAUCUGAUGAGCUAAAGUUACUUUUCGCUACUCUGGAUUUCAGCCAAGGAAAGGCUACGUUUCAAAAGUUGAUGCUACAAACCGCACCUGUCGUCCUUGUCUUUCCGCCAACCGUUGGCCCUUUCGCCAAGGUCGAUGAUUCUCCUUUCAGAUUUGAUUUUAGCGGUCCAAUCUCGGCCGACCAGUUGUACACUUGGAUCAAUAGACAUCUGCCAGAAGGCUCGAAACCACCCCUCGUUCGCCCCAUAAAUUACAUGAGGCUGAUAACUGCCGUUACGCUGUUGAUGGGGACAUUGACUAUGUUCACUGUCCUCUCUCCCUACGUUCUACCAAUCAUCCAGAAUCGUAACCUGUGGGCCGCAUGCAGUCUGAUUGCUAUCUUAUUAUUCACCAGCGGCCAUAUGUUCAACCAUAUUCGCAAAGUACCAUAUGUUGUUGGUGAUGGCAAAGGUGGUAUCAGCUACUUUGCCGGCGGGUUUUCCAAUCAGUUUGGAAUGGAAACGCAGAUUGUCGCUGCUAUUUAUGCCGUUCUCUCCUUCGCGACAAUUGCCAUAGCAAUGAAGGUUCCUCGCAUUGCGGAUAAUAAGGCGCAGCAGGUCGCCGUGGUAAUCUGGGGAACCGUGUUGCUUGCCUCUUCAGCCACUGGUGCCACCCUGUUGAUAGCUGUUCAGGUGGCCUCAAAGCUGUUUACUUUCGUGUCAAAUCAACUCAUCCUGCGAAACCUGCACCCAGAAACUUUGGGAAUUGCCGCCCAGCUUGAGCUUUAUUCCAUCUCAAUCUUAUAUUUCUCCCGAGAGUCCGUUAGAAUCGCCAUUCAACGACAACCAUUACGAUAUGCAGGCCAUACCGGGACCGUUAACGAGAAGGGCGGCGGACAGACGCAAAAAGAAAAUGCCAGCGAAAUCACGGAAGCCCGACUUGUCGCCUCUCAAUCAGUGGUCAAUAUGUCAUACUUGAGCCUCGGGCUGGGGCUUCCACUAGCCGUGAUAUCUGCGCUUUUUUACACGCAAUUGGCUUCCAAGGACGUUUCUCGAGCGGAAUUUUAUCACCUAAGCGUGCUUAUCACCACUAUAGCGUCUGUUAUAGAACUUUCCUCCGAGCCCUUUUUCGCAGUCGUCCAGCAACAUAUGCUUUAUAAAAAGCGAGCGCUAGUCGAAAUGACCGCAUCUUUUGCAAAGAGUUUGGCAGUGUGCGGUUCCGUUCUAUGGGCUGCCCAGGCAGGCCGAAAUAUUGGCAUCCUCCCAUUUGCAUUAGGCCACCUCUGCUAUGCAAUUACACUCACCUGUGGCUACGCUGUAUCGCUACUAAGCUCUGCGACCCAAUGGUCGUUUUCAUUGCUACCGAAACUGAUAAGCGCAAGGUAUGAUGAAAGCGCAACCAAACGAACUCGAGGAUCUCAUUUGAUAACAACAUCCCAGUGA